GUGAUUUUUUUAGAAAAAAGUCAUACCAUAGAUUGUGCAUGUCUUAUAAAAAAAUGGCGAUUGUUAAAUUUUUGUUGAGAGUUUGAAAGCACAAUCCUCAAGCACAUAUUUAAAACUUUAAAUAUCUGUUGGUGAAACUGUGAAUAUAUAUUCUUAAAAUGGCUGACGCUUUGGUUGAGCGGAGACCCACCGCUCGGUUUUUCUGCCACAGGUGUAACAUAGAAUUCGAAGAUGUUUUGCAGGAUUAUACAUGUCCAUAUUGUGCCAGCGGUUUCAUUGAACAACUUGAAAAUGAGACCGAAGGCCUGGCGCUGUCUGGUGACGACUUCAGUGAUGCUGACAUGAGCAAUAUUGAUGAUAUGAGCAAUAUAGAUGACAUGAGCAAUCUGGAUGACUCAGAUGAAAUACACCACUUGUCACAAGGCACCCCGCCAAUGCUGAACGAUCUAGCAUUCCUAAUGUCGGGCAGUCGGCUGCGCGGGGCGGGUCGGCGUGAGACGCUGAUGGAGCAGCUGGUGUGGAUGAUAGGCGGCGCGCGGCCCGCCACCGGCGCGGUCACGGCCGGCGCGCCCUUCGUGCUCGUGGGCGCGCCCGGGGACUACGUGUUCGGCGGAGAAGGUCUGGACGCAGUAGUGACUCAGUUAUUAGGCCAGCUAGAGAAUGCAGGCCCGCCGCCGCUACCUCGCGAGCAAAUCGCCGCGCUGCCAUCCGAGCUCGUGAGCGAGGAGCAAGCCGCCGCCAACACGUCCUGCUCCGUCUGCUGGGAGAACUUCCAGUCCGGCGAGACGGUGUCGCGGCUGGAGUGCGACCACAUCUUCCACUCGUCGUGCAUCUCGCCGUGGCUGCAGCUGCACGCCACGUGCCCCAUCUGCCGCCGCUCGCUGCUGGGCGAGGCGGGCGCGGGCGCGGGCGAGGCGGGCGCGGCGGGCGCGGGCCAGUACCGUGAGUAGCGUCCUGCUGCAGCGUGUGUGCCGGGGCCCGUGUGUGACCGUGUGCUUGCCGCAGCGUCGCUGUCGGAGCUGCUGGUGCGGCGCCUGCCGCGCGCGGGCUGGGCGGAGUCCAGCAGCUCGUCGGGCAGCAUGUCCACGUCGUCGGCGGGGCUGUGGGCGGCCGAGCGCGAGGCCACCAACUCCAGCAGCUCGGACUCGUCGUCGUCGCUCACGUCGGCCGAGCGCGAGCAGCGCCACUACAACAUGGACAUAGACUUCGACUAAGCGCUCGGGACUCGCUCUCGCGCCGCGCGGUGGACUCGCCUCGACGAUGGUUGUGUUGGUGCAGUGUUCAGUUGUGAUG